GAGAGAGAGAGAGGGAAGGUGGAAGUGAGGGUUGGUUGUUGAUGGUAGAGUUCGGAGGAGGACGCGCACGCGAGAGAGAGAGUUGGAAGGGAGUAGAUGAUGAACGGAGCUCCGGCAAGGGAUCGGAGAGGGUGGUGGCGUUACGGUAAUUUCUCUCACAUGGAAUGGCAGAUCUUGUUAGCUACGGCAACGCCAAUCGUGACAUUGACCAGGCAAUAAUUUCUUUGAAGAAGGGUGCUCAGCUACUGAAAUAUGGUCGUAAGGGAAAGCCUAAGUUUUGUCCGUUUCGACUCUCUAGUGACGAAUCAUCUUUGAUCUGGAUUUCGAGUAGUGGAGAAAGAACUUUGAAGUUAGCUUCUGUCUCAAGAAUUAUUCCUGGACAAAGAACUGCUGUUUUCCAACGAUAUCUGCGGCCUGAAAAAGACUAUUUAUCUUUUUCUCUUAUAUAUAAUAACGGAAAGCGGUCCCUUGAUCUGAUUUGUAAGGAUAAAGUUGAGGCAGAAGUGUGGAUUGCUGGCCUCAAGGCACUUAUAUCCUCCGGUACAGGUGGUCGCUCCAAAAUUGAUGGAUGGAGUGAUGGAGGCUUGUACCUUGAUGAUAGCAGAGACUUGACAUCAAAUAGCCCUAGUGAUAGUUCAGUUAGUGGUGCACGAGAUAGUGGCUCUCCUGAGAUUUCUGUCAAUUUUAAACCAAAUACUUCACCAAAGAGUUUUCCACCUGACAAUUCUCCAGUCUCCGAGAGGUCGCAUGUAGCAUCAGAGAAGACAAAUAUGCAAGUAAAAGGUUCAGAUGCAUUUCGAGUUAGUGUUUCAAGUGCUCCCAGCACUUCAAGUCAUGGUUCUGCACCCGAUGAUUGUGAUGCUCUAGGUGAUGUAUACAUAUGGGGUGAGGUCAUUUGUGACAGUGUUGUUAAGAUUGGAGCUGAUAAAAAUGUAAAUUAUUCAAGUCCCCGAGCAGAUGUGCUUGUUCCUAGGCCCUUAGAGUGCAAUGUUGUUUUGGAUGUACAUCAUAUAGCCUGUGGGGUCAAGCAUGCAGCCUUGGUCACAAGACAAGGUGAAGUUUUUACAUGGGGUGAAGAAUCUGGGGGAAGACUUGGCCAUGGUGUGGGGAAAGAUGUUGCUCAACCUUGUCUGGUUGAAUCUCUGGCAGCUACUAAUGUUGAUUUUGCGGCAUGUGGAGAAUUUCAUAGUUGUGCUGUUACAAUGGCUGGGGAGCUUUAUACAUGGGGAGAUGGUACACACAAUGCUGGGCUUCUUGGUCAUGGCACUGAUGUCAGUCACUGGAUACCAAAGAGAAUUUCAGGUCCUCUUGAGGGACUUCAAGUUGCUUCUGUAUCAUGUGGUCCAUGGCAUACGGCCGUGGUGACAUCAACAGGGAAACUUUUUACAUUUGGCGAUGGAACAUUUGGUGUCUUAGGCCAUGGAGACAGAGGAAAUGUUUCAUAUCCGAGAGAAGUAGAUUCCCUAUCAGGAUUGAGGACAAUAGCUGUUGCAUGUGGGGUGUGGCACACUGCUGCUGUAGUGGAGGUUAUCGCGACACAAUCUAGUGCCAGUAUUUCAUCAGGUAAAUUGUUUACUUGGGGUGACGGAGAUAAAAAUCGUCUUGGACAUGGAGACAAGGAAGCCCGGCUUAAACCGACAUGUGUUCCAGCCCUUAUUGAUUACAAUUUUCAUAAAAUUGCUUGCGGGCACAGUUUAACUGUUGGCUUGACAACAUCAGGGCAUGUCUUUACAAUGGGUAGUACUGUUUAUGGUCAGCUUGGGAAUCCCAAUUCUGAUGGAAAACUACCUUGCUUGGUGGAUGACAAACUUUCCGGGGAAUGUAUUGAAGAAAUUGCUUGUGGUGCAUAUCAUGUAGCAGUAUUAACAUCCAGAAAUGAAGUUUAUACGUGGGGAAAAGGUGCUAAUGGGAGGUUGGGGCAUGGUGAUGUUGAGGAUCGAAAGACACCGACUUUGGUUGAAGGUUUAAAGGAUAGACAUGUGAAAUAUAUUGGUUGUGGUUCACACUAUACAGCAGCUAUAUGUCUUCACAGAUGGGUAUCUGGUGCUGAGCAGUCACAGUGCUCUGCUUGUAGACAGGCUUUUGGAUUUACAAGGAAGAGGCAUAAUUGCUAUAACUGUGGACUUGUGCACUGCCAUUCAUGUAGUUCCAGAAAAGCAACAAGAGCAGCACUGUCUCCUAAUCCUGGAAAACCAUAUCGAGUGUGUGAUUCUUGUUAUGUGAAAUUGAACAAGGUGUUAGAACCUGGUAGUAAUAAUAGAAAGAAUGUUAUACCUCGCUUGUCUGGUGAGAACAAGGACAGAUUGGACAAGGCUGAGAUAAGAUUAUACAAGUCUGCCGUACCUUCAAACGUGGAUUUGAUAAAGCAAUUAGAUAGCAAAGCAGCCAAGCAAGGAAAGAAAGCUGAGACAUUUUCCCUUGUUCGCUCCUCUCAAACACCUUCGCUGUUGCAAUUAAAGGAUGUAGUUAUGUCAGCUGCUGUUGAUCUGAGACGAACAGUGCCCAAACCAGUUCUUACACCAUCUGGAGUAAGUUCGAGGUCUGUGUCACCGUUCUCAAGGAGACCAAGCCCUCCUCGUUUUGCAACUCCUGUUCCUACAACAUCCGGACUUUCCUUCUCUAAAAGUAUUGCAGAUAGUUUGAAGAAAACUAAUGAGCUUUUGAACCAAGAAGUGCUAAAGUUACGUUCGCAGGUUGAUAGCUUGAGACAGAGAUGUGAACUUCAAGAAGAAGAGCUUCAGAAUUCAACAAAGAAAACACAAGAAGCUAUGGCAAUGGCUGCAGAAGAAUCUGCCAAAUCUAAAGCGGCUAAAGAAGUUAUAAAGUCACUAACCGCACAGCUCAAGGAUUUGGCUGAAAGGUUGCCACCUGGGGUUUAUGAUAGCGAGAGCAUAAAGAAGGCAUAUCCAUCUAACGGUUUGGAGCCAAAUGGUAUUCAUUAUCCAGAUGGAGAUAACCAUUCAAGAUCAAGUUCAAUGAGCAAUUCUUACUUAAUUUCCUCCAUGGGAAUUGACUCAACUACAGUUAAUGGAAGUCGAGGGCAGACUCAUUCACCCAGGGAUUCUGUAGGAACGAAUGAAACUAACCUACAACACAAUAGGGAGCUGGUGACCUCCAAUGGGAUGGUGAAUGCUUUAGAUAGACUGCCCAAUGGUGGCGGAUCAUUUCAGUCAGUUGGUAGUAAUCUGUCAGUGGCCGUUGAUGGCAAGGACUCUGGGCCUAUCCAAGAUGGGGAGAAUGGUACGAGAUCUAGGAACCCUACAUUGGCUGUUAGUGGUAAUACAGUUGAGGCAGAAUGGAUUGAACAAUAUGAGCCUGGUGUUUACAUAACUCUUGUGGCUCUCCGCGAUGGAACUAGAGAUCUCAAACGAGUGCGCUUCAGCCGGAGAAGAUUUGGAGAGCACCAAGCAGAGAUUUGGUGGUCCGAGAACCGUGAGAAAGUGUACGAGAAGUACAACGUCCGUGGGUCAGACAAGUCUUCAGUUUCUGGCUCAGCGUCUCGUAGAUCGGAUGGAGCUCUCUCACCUGCACCCCAACAACCUUAGCAAGGAGGGAGGGAGGGAAAAGCCCUCCUAUUAACACAUUUUGUAUCAUCAUCUGAUGGUAUUUUAAGGCGGAGCAAGAGUCGGUAUCAAGGGAAGCAAAACACCUCUUUUGCCUUUUUUUCUUUUUCCACAUUUUGAGGCUUUCCCACUUCCGCCCAUUUUUUCUUUUCUUUUAAAAAUUAUUUCUGGGGUAUCUACCCUUUAUACACCAGCUGUAUUGUAGUGUAUAUAAACUCUUUCAAAUUCAGCAAAAGAAAGUUGUUGCUUUCAAUUGCCCCGUAAUUCUUCUUUUCUUGUCAAUACAAUUGUAGGUUUAUUGUUUUUGCUGUCUGCACUGUUAUUAUUAGAUAAGUCCAGUAUGUAUUCUUUCCUUGU